GGUUGAAAUAGCUGAGUGACUCACUUUUAUCUCUUGAUGAUUUAUUCUUCAUUAAAAUGAGAGUAAAAUUCCCAGUGGGCCCACCUGUAAAUCUGUUGGAUAUAAAAGCUCAAUGUUGGGCUUUGUGCCUACUUAUAUUUGUAAGAAAAAUAACUGAGUAAAGAGAAACUUUAUUUUUGUGUUUUUUUUUUUCCUGGAAACUACAUUAGUAACAGGAAGUGAACUGUUCUGGUUUAGAAGCUGGAGAAAUCGAAAGCUAUGAACACUGCUGGGUGGAGGCCAAUUACAUUACAACCCUCCCCAAGGAGACAGCAAGGGGUAAGACAGCUAGCACUGCUGAAGUUAGGGAACUACUUUAAACAGUUCCCUUGUCUUCCCUGUUAUUCUGUAAAUACUACAUAUUCUCAGCAUUUAAUAAGAUUUCAACACCCUGCUGUGUACUUUUGAGAGAUUUAUCUUCCUACAUGAAAUAAACAAGCCCUAUUUCCUGCCCUGCUGAGGAUCUAUAAUCUGGACAUUACUGAGACAUUUCCAGAAGGAUUGUCCAUAAUUUUAGAGAUAAUGAGUGAAUACAAGACAAUUGUUCUUCAACAAGGAUUAGAGGAUGUGGCUGUGGAUGACUACCAGUUUAGGAAAAUCAAGUCCUUACUAAGAAAAGAACUAAAUCUAACAGAAAAGAUGCAAAAUGAUUAUGACAGAAUUCAGAUGGCUGACCUGUUGGAGGACACAUUCCCAAAAGAUGCUGGACUGGACAAACUGAUAGAAGUGUGUCAAAGCAUUAAAGAUCUUGAAGAGCUCGCUCAAAGGCUUAAAACAGAGAGAGCAAAAGUGCAAAAGAAAGGAAAAAACAAAACUGCAGUGAAAAAAAGAAAGCAAGAAGAACCCAGUAGUUCCCGAUCUCUUUCCACCGAUAAUGAAUUAGACAUGAGUAAACCCUCUUCAGAGGAAAUGAGAAAAGAAACCAUAAAAACUGAAGGUAGUAAGAAAAUGAAGUUUACCCAGGAGCAGACUCAGCUUCCAGAACCUUCAGGAAGCAACACACAAAAAGAUGAAGGUUGUCUUCAGACUCCUCAGAAGCCUAUACCAAAACCAUCCAGCAGUUCCUCAAACAAGAAAAACACAAGCAGCAAAAAACAUAAUACCAUAGAGACACAAGUUUCCCAGAAAAAACACCAGCUUCUAGAAUUGUCAGCAACCAACAACUCCUCAGCUGUGAGUGAACUCCAGACUCUUCAAGGUCUUUCAGCCACAGCUUCCCACAGUAUCCAGGCUCCUCAGGCACCUCUAGAAACAUGCUUCACUUUAAAAAUGCCUCUGGGCUCUGCAGCACUCUCUUACCAGAAUUUUCCAGGGUCUUUAGCAUCAAACUCCAAUAUCCAUCUGAACUCUCCAGUGGCUCUAACACUGUCCAGUGGCAUCCAGGCUCCUCAUGUACCUUCAGCAACACCGUGUAGUAAUGUCUGGAUCCUUCAAAUGCCUUCAGAAACAGUGUCCAGCUCUUUCAGUGCUCCUCAGAUGGCUCCAGUAUCAGUGUCCAGCAGUGCCCAGAACAUUCACCUACCUACAGCAGUAGCAGCCAAUAGCAAACAGUUUCCUCACAGUCCUCAAGUAAUAACAUCCAGAUGUGUCCAAAGCACAGGAGUACCUUCAGCACCAUUGAAGGUCAUAAAGAAGCCUCCAACAAAACAAUCCAGCAAUGUUCAAGUUCUCCAUGCUCUUCCAGAAGCAAUGUCCAGGAAUGUCUGCAUCACUCAGGUGCCACAAAUAACAACAUCCAGUAGCAUUCUGACUCCUAACUCUGCUACAGUAAAAGCACACAGGAAUGCCAAGGUCCCAGGUCUCUUAGAAAUAGGAAGUGCUUAUUCCCUGGCUUUUUUGGCAUCUCCAGGAACAUCAUCUAGUAGUCUCCAGGCUUCUCAGGUACUUCUACAAGCAACAUCCAACAGUCUUCCAGCUCCUCAGGUUUCUAUACCAACAGUGACAAGCAGAGUCCAAACCACUCAAACACAUCCAGGAGCAGCAUCCAACGUAAUCCAGGAUCUUCAUGCUCCUCCACGGACAGAGUCCAGAAGUGUGUGCACCACUCAAGUUCCUCCAGGAGUAUCAUAUGGUACUGGACAGGCUGUUCCCUGUUCUAAAGUAAAAGCAUCAAGGAAUGUCCAUGCUCCUCAGAUGCCUUCAGCAACAGCAUCCAAAAAUCUCCUGGAUUCCCGAGUGUCCCCAGCAACAGCAUACAGUGCUCUUCAGACUUCUCAGUUACUUCUACCAACAACAUCCAACAGUCUUCCAGCUCCUCAGGUUUCUAUACCAACAGGGACAAGCAGAGUCCAAACCACUCAAACACAUCCAGGAGCAGCAUCCAACGUAAUCCAGGAUCUUCAUGCUCCUCCAUGGACAGAGUCCAGAAGUGUGUGCACCACUCAAGGGCCUCAAGGAGUAUCUUAUGGUACUGGACAGGCUGUUCCCUGUCCUAAAGUAAAAGUAUCAAGGAGGGUCCAUGCUCCUCAGAUGCCUUCAGCAACAGCAUCCAAAAAUCUCCUGGAUUCCCGAGUGUCCCCAGCAACAGCAUUCAGUGCUCUCCAGGCUCCUCUGAGGCCUCCAGCAACAAGAAGCAGCAGUCCAUCAAGGACACCAAAUAAUGGAAACUUGCCAAAGGAACCUUCUAAAGUACAAGGUCACCAUCGAGUUGCCAAAGAAGUGAUGGUGUUGAAAGCAACAGAACCAUUUACUUAUGAUUUGAUCAAUAACAAAAGGAUGUUCCAUGCCACGGUGGCUACUGAGACUGAAUUCUUCAGAGUGAAGGUUUUUGAGACAGCCCUAAAGAACAAGUUCAUCCCAAAAAAGAUCAUUGCCAUAUCUGAUUAUACUGGUGUCAGUGGAUUUCUGGAGAUUCAUAAAGCUUCCUGUGUGUCUGAACAGAAUGUUAAACAAACGAUGGUUAUCUCAAGUGCACUGAGGAGAAGAGCCAAUAGAACUCCUAAAAUUAAGGAUCUUUUCUCUCAAACAAAAGGGACAUAUGUGAAUGGAGAGUUUGAGGUAACUAAGAAAAAUGAGAGGAAUGACUUCAUUUACUAUGGGAUUGAAGAUGAUACUGGAAAAAUGGAAGUGGUGGUCAGUGGACCACUGACCUGUAUCAAGUGUGAGCCAGGCAAUAAAGUUCAACUCAUCUGCUUUGAAUUGACCUCAAGAGGAGAUACUUGGCAGCUAAAGUCUGUAACGCACAGUUACAUGCAGGUCAUCAAUGCCAGAAGGAGGGCCAUUCAACCCUGAUUCAACUAUGAAAACCUCUCUAGAACCAUACUUCUGAAAACCUGGAUGCCAAGGAUACUGUUUACAGAGAUAAGAUCCAAGUCCAGAAAAUAAAUGUAUAUAAGACAUGUUCAAAUACUAUAUCUAUAAAAAGCAAGCUCUUAAUUCUUGGAAAUGGUGGUUUCCUAUAUUCUUUAUACAUUUUUAUAUUUACUAAAGUUUCAUGUUUUGUAUCUAUAACUUUGCUAAUUGUCAAUCUAAAUGUUUUAUAUGUAAAACGUAAAUGAAAAAUUCCUUUUCUAUAAAGCAGUGAUUGCUCAGAAAUAUCUUUCAAACAUUUGAGAGUUGGUAUAAAAUAAAAAUUUAGUGACCUGCAGAUAAAACUGUGGCAUACAGGC